AUGAAGGUGCGUUCGGAAAGGGGAAAAACGAAAGUAGUUAUUCGGCAUUUGCCUCCCUCCCUCACUGAAUCUGAUCUCAUCCAACACAUCCAUAGCCACUUCGCUUCUCGCUACCGCUGGUUUGCUUUCCGUCCCGGUAACACCAGUCACAGGAAUCAAAGGUUUUCUAGAGCAUAUAUAGACUUCAAUUCUCCGGAUGAUGUUUUCGAGUUCGCUGAGUUCUUCAAUGGACAUGUUUUUGUUAACGAGAAAGGUGUCCAACAUAAAGCAUUGGUUGAGUAUGCACCAUCUCUGCGUGUUCCAAAGCUGAGCAUCAAAAAGGAUGGCCGUGAAGGGACUAUAUAUAAAGAUCCAGACUAUCUCGAGUUCCUCAAAUUCAUUGCGAAGCCUCAGGAACAUCUUCCUAGUGCAGAAAUACAACUGGAAAGAAAGGAAGCUGAGCAAGCUGGGACUAGCAAGGAAGCACCUAUUGUAACACCCCUGAUGGAAUAUGUUCGUCAGAAACGUGCUGUUGACAGUGGUCCGCUGGUUUCAUCAGCAGCAACAAAAGUUGGCAGAAGAGCCAGAGCUGCUUUGCAAGGAAAGCCCAGCCCAGUUAAUACCCGACGAGGAUCUGAAAAGAAAAGGUAUGUUCAGAAGGACAAUGUCAAGAAUACUAAUCGAAAAGACUCCAAAGACAAAUCAGCCUUUACUGUGGUCCCCAGACAUGAGGAUCAGUCUGCUGAAUCAAGUAUAAAAGGAAUUUAUGAAAUUGAAUCUUUGCAUGGCAUUGAGGGUUCCGUCUCUGGAAUACCACUGACUUCUGACUCUGGAAAGAAAAAAAUCCUCCUUCUGAAAGGAAAACAACGGGAAAUCCCCAAAGGCACUGAAGGUGUGGUAAAACAGCAAAGUGCACAAUCUGCAAAUUCGGCCAUUUCAACUACUUCAAAACAGAACCAAAGGCGUGACGCUGGUGGAAGAUUGAUUAGGAACAUACUUCUAAAUAAUGAUUCUCGUCAAAGUCAAUCCACAUCUGCUGGACAACAUAAGAUUCAAAUCUUAACUUCUGAGAAUGGGAAGCGACUACCUCGUCCUUUUGGUUCAAGGUCUGGAGUAAGUGAUCAAGUCUCUAGUCAUGAUGCUGGGCAAGUUAAUUCUGAAGGGGAUUCUAAAAGGGAUUUGAGUGAAAAGUUCGUCAGAAGAGAUUUGCAUGGCUUGAGUAUUUCUGGUGAUAAAACAGAAAAACGUACUAGAAGGCCUGAUCGUGGUGUUUGGACACCCCUUCGCCGUUCCGAUUCUUCACAUUCUGGUAAUGAGCUCUCAUCAUCCUCAGUGGCACAACCUACACCGUCAAAUCCUGAAUCAGUUGAAGCAGGAGAAGUACAAGAAAAUGUUUAUUCGGGAAACAGGAGUGGGGAAUUCUCAGCUUCUGCAGUUGUACGCAGUAGUCCCUCUGUUGAGAAUGGUUCAAAAAGAAUUUUUACUCGCCGUGGGGCUCCCUAUAUAGUGAAGGAUGGUGGUGCAGUCAUUUUGAGUGAAGUGAAACUUUCAAAGAAAGGUGUUGUUGGACCUAGUACUCAUGAGAAACAAGUUUGGGUUCAGAAACCAUCUUCAGGGACUUAA